AUGGUUUCGCCCAAGGGGAAGGUUUUCCUCAUUGCUGGCCUUGUAGCCCUGGCCGGGCUCUUGUAUGGCCUGGACACAGGUUCGAUUGGCCCAGUCACGCAAAUGCCCCAAUUCGAAUCCUCUAUUGGCCGAUUGUCGUCUACUCAACAGGGUGUCUUCGUCGCUUGUAUCCUCCUUUCGUCAUCCGCAUCCUCUUUGGCGAGCGGCCAUGUCUCGGACCGCAUCUCGAGAAAGUACGGAAUUCUCAUCGGCGGCCUGCUCUCACUGGCAGGGACCAUAAUUUCCGCCUGCUCGCCUAAUUUCGCUAGCUUGAUCGUCGCCCGGCUGAUUACCGGGGUUGGCAUGGGCCAAGCCAUUUCCGUCACCACCGUGUACCUGGUGGAGAUAGCCCCUGCAGAUGUGCGGGGCGUGGUGGCUUGCUCGCUUCAGCUCUACGUGGUCUUUGGCAUUAUGUCGGGGUACUUUAUCACGUAUGGGACACAGUAUCUCAAUGGGAGUAUGUCAUGGAGGGUACCGUUUAUUAUUCAGGCCAUCAUGGCCGCGGUCCUGUCGGUCGUGAUGCUGCUCCUGCCAUUCUCGCCUCGAUGGCUGGUGCAGGUCGGCCGCAACGAAGAUGCACGUCGGGUUUUGCGUAAAUUGCGCCCUGAACCUGUGGUGGAAGAAGAGCUACGUGAGAUUCAGGAUAGUCUGCAGUCUGACCAGCAGCGAGCGACUGCUAGUAUGGCGGAGAUAUUUGGUCGGAAGUACAUUGGUCGUACAUCGCUUGGAGUGUUCCUAAUGACUUUUCAGCAGCUGACAGGGAUCGAUGUGGUACUAUACUAUGCACCCAUUCUUUUUGAACAGGCAGGUUUCACAUCCACCAAAGCCUCCUUCCUGUCAUCUGGCAUCAUCGGCAUUGUGAUGUUAGUCUUCACCAUCCCCGCCCAGAUCUGGGUAGACCGAUGGGGGCGCCGUAAGCCCUUGAUCAUGGGGGGAUCAGCGAUGGCCAUCUGUUUCAUCGUCAUUGGAGCACUGUAUGCCCGUUACGGUCACACAACCCACGAUGCUGUCACCUUGGACUCUCACUCUGCUCAAUGGGCCGUAGUCGUGCUAAUAUUCAUCUUUGUGGCAAACUUUUCCUGGUCGUGGGCUGUGGUCGGCAAGAUCUACGCCUCAGAGAUUAUCCCCACUCGACUCCGGGCAAAGCGCUGCGAGCUUACUGUAGGUUUGAACCCUGCUGAAAUUUAA